UGAGUGUCAGCGGAUUUUUACAAAUCACAUAAACUCUGGCAUGAACACUGGAACCAGCUAAAGACCUGAAUUUAUUUAUCACACUCCCUAAAGGUGAACAUGAAAACCCUUGUUCGUGGCCAAUUGUUGGAUUGUCCAUGUCCUCCCAUACAGCCGCUGUAGGAUUAUGCCACAGUUGCAUGAAGCAUGAUCAGUGGUUAAUGCCAGUAAACCAGUGUACUGUCCCAGUGGUGUGGAAUGGGAGCAGCAGGCACUGGUGAGCUAGGAUAGGCUGGGAGUCUGGUUGCAGCAGAAUACGGGACGAGGCUCCUUGGCUCAUAUACUUAUAGUCCGCCUCUUCGCUGGGCAGGAAAUCUGACGUCGAUCGCUUACAAAGGAAAAUCCACAGUGGUUGCAGAAGUCUCGAAGUCAACCUGACCAGCAGCGGGGAGGAAAAAAAAACAUAAUUCAAGUUUCUUUAUAGUAUUGGAUCUAUUUGUUCAACCUCUCAGGACUUGUAUUUGAGGAGAAGGGCAGCAGAAGAGGGACACCAUGCCACGGCGGACCGUGCAAGAAGUCACCGUGCAGGACGUCCAGAAGCGGAGGAACCCCAACAAACACUAUGUUUACAUCAUCAAAGUGUUGUGGAGCGAUGGGAGCACAGAGAUCAUCUACCGGCGAUACAGCAAGUUCUUUGAUCUACAGAUGGAGUUGUUGGAUAAAUUCCCGGUGGAAGGGGGCCAGAAAGACCCCAAGCGGAGAAUCAUUCCUUUCCUUCCAGGAAAGAUUCUGUUUCGGAGGAGCCAUAUCAGAGAUGUCGCCAUGAAGCGUCUGCGGCCCAUCAACGAGUACUGCAUGGCCCUCACCCAGCUGCCCGUGUACAUCUCGCAGUGUGAGGAGGUCAGGGUGUUCUUCGAGACCAGACCUGAAGACCUCAACCCACCCAAGGAGGAACCCAUUGGAAAGAAGAAAUCAGGGCUUGUGGCGAGAGCGUCUUCUUUCCUAAAGCGAGGUAGGGACACAAGCUCCACAGACCUGCUGCUCCUGGACCAGUACGUGGCUGUCACGGACUACGAGAAGCAGGAGAGCUCGGAGAUCGGCCUGCACGUGGGCCAGGUGGUGGAGGUCAUCGAGAAGAACGAGUCCGGCUGGUGGUUCGUGAGCACCGACGAUGCCCAGGGCUGGGUCCCCGCCACCUGCCUGGAGGCCCAGGACGACCCCGACGACUUCUCCCUGCCGGGGGACGAAGAGGAGAAGUACUCUGUGGUGUACCCCUACGCGGCCCGGGACCAGGAUGAGAUAGACCUGGAGAAGGGCAUGGUGGUGGAGGUGAUCCAGAGGAACCUGGAGGGCUGGUGGAAGAUCAGGUAUCAGGGCCGCGAGGGCUGGGCCCCGGCCUCCUACCUGACCAAGGUGGACAUGCAGGCCCAGAAGCAGUCAGCAGGGGGCGCUGCCAAUGCCAGCACCAGCGACCUGGAGGGAGCGUCUAGACCGAACCAGCUGAACAACGGGGCUAAAGACCCCCAGAAGGAGCCCAAGCUGUCCCCCUUCUCCGACGGCAGCAAGCUGAAAAUGGGUUUGCGACAGAGACCUCCGCCACGCAGAGACCUCACAAUCCCGCGUGGGGCCAACCUGCCCAAGCCCCCCGUCCCGCCCCAGGUGGAGGAGGAGUUCUACACCAUCGCCGACUUCCAGACCACCAUCCCCGACGGCAUCAGCUUCCAGGCCGGCCUCAAAGUGGAGGUCAUCGAGAAGAACUCCAGCGGCUGGUGGUACAUCCAGAUCGAGGACAAGGAGGGCUGGGCCCCAAUCACCUUCAUCGACAAGUACAAGAAGACCAGCAGCGCCCUGCGGCCCAACUUCCUGGCGCCGCUCCCCAACGAGAUGGAGAAGCUGAGGCUGGAGGACGGGAACGCCGCCGCCGCCGCCGCCGCCACCGUCUCGGCCCCGGAGGACAGCUGGUCCAAGCCUCUCCCGGACGAGCCCAGCGCCGCCGCCGCCGCCGCUGAGGCCUUCGCCAGGCCCAAGCUGAGGGAUUGGAAGUCCGGUGGCAGCAAGGGCUCCUCGGCGCUCUUCUCGGAGCCCCUCCCCCCGGCGCCCUCCGCCCCCCCGCUGGAGGAGAAGCCGGCGCUGCCCCCCCGCCGGGAGUCCAUCAACAAGGGCUUGGAGGCGGAGCCGCCCGAGAGGCCCAAGGCCGAGCUCUGUAAGCCCCUCCCGCCCAAGCCCCCGGCCCCCGGGGCCCUGGGGGGCCCCAAGCCCCCGGCCCCGCUGGCCCUGCUGGCCCUGGGGGGCCCCAAGGUGCCCCCCCCCUUCCGGCAGGAGAGACCCGCGGAGCCCAAGAAGGAGGACAAGAACAAGGCCCUGCACCUGAAGAACGAGAUGGGGCUGGAGUGCGGCCACAAGAUCUCCGCCAAGGAGGUGAAGAAGUUCAACCUGAAGCCCGUCCCCAAGCAGCCCCCCAAGCCGCGGGCCGAGCCCCCCGAGGAGAACCCCGAACCCGCCGGACCCGCGCUCUUCAUGAAGCCCAAGCCCGGGGUCCGGCCCAAACCGGUCCCGUCCGCCAAGCCCGAGGCCCCGGCGGAGAACCGGCUGGACAUCACCAACCUGCGGAGCAAGCUGAGGCCCGCCAAGCCCGCGGAGCCCGGGGCCCCCGAGGCCGGAAGCCACCCGGCCCCCGGCCCCCCGCCGCCCAGCAGCUCCCACCCGAGCCCCCCUCUGGGCCCCGCCCCCAAGCACUUCCCCAGCCCCGCCCUCCUGAACAACGGCAAACACGCCGACGAGCCCCGGCUGCCGCCCAAGCAGCUCAACGGACACGCCCACGAGAGCUCCCCCCCGCCCGCCAAGCCAGGCCCGCCUCCCCACAAGGAGCAGCCCCAGAGGCCUCCCGCCCUGGCCCCCCGGAGGCCGCCGCCCCCCAAGAAGACGGACCCGUCCAGCCCGACCGAGACCCCCAGGACCCCCCCGCACUUCCCCAAGGAGGCCCCGGAGGCCCCAAAGCCCGAGCUGCCUCCGCAAAGCAGACCCCCGCCUCCAAAGCCAAAGGCCUUCGUGCUCCCGCCUCCGCCCAGGGAGAGGGAGGAGCCUAAGGCCUUGGUGCUCCCGCCCCCGCCCAGGGAGAGGGAGGAGCCUAAGGCCUUUAUGCUCCCGCCUCCACCCAGGGAGAGGGAGGAGCCUAAGGCGAACAAGAUGCCCAUCCCCCCCAAGCCUCAGCUGAAGACCAAGAAGCCGGCGCCGCCCAGAGACAAGCUGCCGCCCCUGGUCAGGGAGGCGGGCCGGGACCAGCUGUACCUGGCCGUGGCCGACUUCGAGGGCGACGAGCAGACGGCCGGCUUCAAGGUGGGCACCGUGUUCGAGGUGAUGGAGAAGAACGGCAGCGGAUGGUGGUUCUGUAAAAACGCUGGCGAGGAACACGAGGGCUGGAUCCCUUCAAACUACCUGAGCAAGAAGCCCUAGGUACUAAGCGACGGCACCACCCUCCUGCCUUAUCUUUUGUUAUACGUUUAAAACAAAAAAAAAAUCACUACUUUGUAUUUAAUUUGAUUUUUCAUUUUAUUUAUAUGUAUCCUUUUUUUUAUUUGUUAUUGUUACAUUCCUUUUUUAUACACAGUAUGUGCUUUUAGUGAGCGUCAACCAGCAAUGAGCCCUUGUUACGCGGGGUUCUUAGACGUUUUUUUAAUCAAAUAAGCCUGUUUGUUUGCUUUACUUUUGGGUGCCAUAUAUAGAGCUGAAGGGAGCCUCCGAUUUGCAGUCGUUUAUGUCGGGGUGGUUGAAAUGUUCAAUGCCAUCGCCUUCGAUGUUACUGUGCCUCAGUAUGAUACGCAAAAUGCUUGAUGUGUUUUUAGAUAUAUGCAAUUCAAAUGAUCAUUGUUUGUUAUGGAUAGUUUAAAAAAAGAGAAUAGGAACAGAUGCUGCCGCAUUAAAUACAAAAAAAAAGUGACAAAAAAUUCAAUCAAUCGGUAAAAAAAACAUUUUGGGCACAAGCGGUAAAAUAAUGUAUAAUUCUGGGGCAUUACUUUGCCCGUUUGGACAGGAGACAGAAGAUGGACAGGAAAGUAGGUUGAGGGAUUGUAGUAAAUAAUCACAGGCUGGGACCGAACCAGGGUGGCCAAGAGGUCUAACGUUUGCGUGGGGGGCUGGCUCACUGGGGGUUCGCCACCCCCUGAAUCCAAUUAUUUUUUGGUCAAGAAAAAGUAUUCCUGCCAAUAAAAUGUUUCUCUUUUAUAUAUAUAUAAUUUUUUUUUUUUACAUGUUUUUCUUCGACUGCAUAAUCAAUUCAGCAGGCAUUUUGUUAAAAAUAUGUGCACUUUUAAUCCUUUGUUCAAGUGAGUUUGCACAUGCUACAGAAAGUGGGAUAUACCAAGUGGGUUUUUUCUUUACGUUCUUGUUUACACUCAAAACGGAUAAAUCCAAAAAGGUUUUCUGUAAAUACAGAACACAUCCAAAUCGUCUCCUCUAGAUCGUCCGUCUGGUUUACAAAAGGAAGGAUUGGAUGCCAAUGAGCUCUUGUAAAAACAAUUCAGUAUUUUUCAGUCUAUUCUCGUUUGCGAGCCAAACCUUGUUCAGAUGAAACCAUCAAAUAAUAUUUUACAUAAACGCUUGACUGGUCUCAAGUGUUGUAGGUAAACUAAAAAUAGUUUUUAAUGUACAGAAAUAAAGUCUUUAACUUCUUACUUUUCAUCAACGGGGUGUUAUCUUAAAUAAACAAUUUUAGAAACACAAAGGGUCAAAAAAAGAGCAGUUGUCUUUUCAAGAAAAGAAUUGAACGUUCCAGAGAAGCCUGACAAUAUCAAUAAAAUAAAUUAAUAACAAUUGUUGGUGACAGUCACUAAAGCACUUAUAUCGUCUUCAUGGUAGAUUAUUCAAAAUAUUUUGCUGUUUAUUGCUAAAGAUUGCUACAACACAUUAGCUUAAUAGCAUUGAAGCGCCUUUGACAAAACUAGACAAUAUAGUUUGGACUAAUGAUGUUCUGCCUCUAGUUGCUUUGUGUUGAAACACACUAUCAGUUUGUUUUCAGAGUGCUAUUGUGUCCAUCCCAAUGCCCGUUUGUGAGCCUUCCACAAGGUACAGCUACUGGUUAGUCAGUGUUAAGCUUCGUAUUUCAAAAGGUUCAAAGGGAGGAAAGCAAUAAUUUCAAAUCUACAAUGAUAAAAAGUUUGGAACGGUUGAACGAUUCCUUCAGUACUGUAUUCGGCCCCUUUGUUUGCCUAUAUGUCCUGUAUUUCUCAGACUUAUCUUACUGUCAUAUGAAGCCAAUAAACAUUUCCAACCUUACCUGUUGUUACUGACUCUAGUGUGACUUUAAACGUGUGUGACUUAGGCGUUAUUAGCUCUAAAUUGUAUUCAGUAUAAAUGAUACAAAAACUUUAAGAAUUAAAAAUAAUUAUUUAUUUCAGUUAACAGUUUUCCCUUCUAAUUAACAGAUUCAAUCGCUCUCCAAAGCAUGAGGUGUAAACGUAAGUGGAAAGGAGACAUGGAUUAGGCUGUUAACGCAUGACAAAUUAUUUAUUUACAAUUGACGCAUUUUUGGAGCAAAAAGAGGCGACACCUCAAUAUGUACCUGAUUUAAAGAAGUUUAAAUCUGCGAGCCCAGGUGCUCUAAAGACCCCAGCGUCCUCCUUCAAAAGCAGCAAGAUCUUCAACUUUAUUUGUUUUAAGUUCUGGUUAAUUCAGAAAAGAGCAAAACACUUUCAUACACUUUCGAUUGCAUUUCGUAUGUAAUACCCCGAUAAAAAAAGAAGGAAAUUGGAACCCUGGUCCCCAAAUAUAGACAUCGCUGCAAAUAUAAUAUAUAAAUAUUGCACUUUAGGUUAGGGGACAGCACAUUUAGUAAAGGCAUAAACGGUAAAACAAUAGAACUUAACUUUUAAUAUAUCACAUUGUUUAUGUCCUUCAAAGAAAACAGUACAUUGCCUUGGCUUUGGUAAGAUCCUCUCCAGUGUGGGGUCAUUUCUGUUACAGUAAAAAUACAAAGAAAGUCCUCAUGGCAGAAAGAAAAUAUUACUAGCUGUCUCUAGUUUGUAAAAAAUACCACCCUAUAUCAUAAAUCUGUUAAAAAUAAAAUUGUUUAAGAUAUAUUAAAGUAUACCUCGAUUUACGGCAGGCAAUAUUUACUUUGUGCAUAUAGAGUCCUCUUAAAUAAAAAAUCGAAAGAAAGAUAAAAGUGAACAUGGAUAUCCUUCAAACCCUGCAUGUUGAUUAGAAAUACAAAGUACAUUUAAUUGCUCCUUAGAUAGGAUGUCCAGUAGUAAUAAAUAUAGAAAUAAAACGGCAGCCAUGUCCUUUUGGAGAUCUUUCUUUUCUUUGGAGGGGGGGCUUUGUAUUCUGAACAAAUUCAGAUCGGAGAAAGCUUCGAGACUGCGUGUAUGAAUAUAAAAAUAUAACCUAUAUUGAUUGCUUAGCUUCAUGCUCCAAUACAACGCCAAACAGAAAUUCAUUCAGGGGGACGUCUCUUCCAGGGUGUCGAUGGACAUAAAAAUAAAGAUAUAUCUACUUCUGACCAACAAGUGUCCCAACAUGUUGCCCUGUGGGGGAUGGACAAUACACGGCCAGCGUACCAAGUGUAGGCCUUGUGUUAAUCAAAGCAAUAGCAGACAGAGUAGGCGGUCUAAACACUGAGACCACAUGGUAUCCCCUCCAUAAUCAUCUGGGGAGUGAGAGCUCAAAAAAGAGAAGAAAACAUUUUGAAACAUAAAUAUCUCCUACAACAAAACAAAAAUCCCUCUUAAUUCAAAUGAAUGGGGGAUAAGGCAGCUGGAAGCAGCGGGCUAUCACACGUGAGUGUGCAUUUGUGUGUGUGGGAAUAUGGGUGUGACAGCAU